AUGGCUUCAUCAUCUACUGGCGGCGCCCCUGCGAUGACGGCAUCGUCGCCGCCCGUCGUCGGGGCAUGUCUCCCACCCACAGGUUCCGGAAAGACGACCUUUAUGCAGAGAAUUAACGCCCAUCUCCAUGCAAAGGGAACGCCUCCCUAUGUCAUCAACCUCGAUCCGGCGGUCCUCAACGUGCCCUUCGAAAGCAACAUCGACAUCCGAGAUUCAGUCAACUACGAGGAGGUCAUGAAGCAGUACAACCUGGGGCCCAACGGCGGAAUCCUGACGUCGCUGAACCUCUUCGCCACAAAGGUCGACCAGGUGGUGAACCUGCUGGAGAAGCGCGCAAAGCCCGAUCCCCAGAACCCCAAUCGCAAGCCCAUUGACCGGAUCCUGGUCGAUACGCCCGGCCAGAUCGAGGCCUUUGUGUGGUCAGCGUCGGGAACUAUUUUGUUAGAAUCGCUCGCAUCGUCGUUUCCUACCGUUAUCGCCUACAUUAUCGAUACGCCGCGGACUGCUUCGACAUCUACGUUCAUGUCCAACAUGCUCUACGCCUGCUCCAUCCUCUACAAGACCAAGCUGCCCAUGAUUCUGGUCUUCAACAAGACAGAUGUCAAGGACGCUUCAUUUGCCAAGGAGUGGAUGACGGAUUUCGAGGCAUUCCAGGAAGCUCUGCGCCGCGACGAGAACUCGGACGUGUUUGGUGGCCAAGAAGGCUUCGGAAGUGGCGGAAGCGGCUACAUGAGCAGCUUGCUCAACUCCAUGAGCCUUGUGCUGGAAGAGUUCUAUUCGCAUCUCAGCAUGGUGGCCGUCAGCUCCCGAGUUGGAACUGGCAUUGACGAUUUCUUUGAGGCCGUCGAAGAGAAGCGCAAGGAGUUUCUGGAUGAUUAUCUGCCGGAGCUGGAGCGACGGAGGGAAGAGCGGGAAGAGCGCAAGAAGAAGAGUCGCGAGCAGGAGCUGGAAAAGAUGAUGCAGGGCAUGUCGGUCGACGUCAACAACGUGGCCGAAAAGGGACCUAUCAAGGUCGGCGCGGACGAUGACGAUGUGGAUGUGCCGAGCGACAACGACUCCGACGAUGAUGAGGACGAUGAGACGACUACGGAGGGCCUACAGGCCAGAUAUGCGGCUGCCGUGGACGGCCAGGACCAUGGCGUCUUGGGAGACGCGAGCUUUGCAAAGUACCUGCACAAACAGCGGUAA